AUGCGUGCACAUCCACAGCCGUCGCCGCGGGAUUCUGGGGGCUGCAGCAGGGAGAGCGGCAGGUGUUCAGCGGCGGGAGGCAAGAAGAAGACACGGACCAUCUUCUCCAAGAGCCAGGUCUUUCAGCUGGAGUCCACCUUCGACGUGAAGCGCUACCUAAGCAGCGCCGAACGAGCCGGCCUGGCCGCCGCGCUGCACCUCACCGAGACGCAGGUGAAGAUCUGGUUCCAGAACCGUCGCAACAAGCUCAAGAGACAGCUGUCGGCCGAGCCCGAGGGUCCGGGCCAAGCGGAACCCUCAGGAGAGCCCCCGCCGCCUCCCACCGCCUCUUUCUCCUUCCCGGCCCUAUACAAGGACAGCGCCCUGCUCAGCCGCUGCCUGCUGCCGCUCCCCUUCCCUCUGUUCUAUCCGGGCAGCGCCGUCCCCUACCUCUGCCUUCCCGGCCCAGUUAAGCACUUCAGCCUGCUGGAGGGGGACGUAUAGCGUCUCCCCCUGGCCCCCGCCCUGCCUAUUGACGGGGGCCGAUGUUCCCUGUGGCCCCGCCGUGUCACCGUCCGCUUUCGCCCCGACCCGCGGCAGUCGCUCCCAGGCCCGGGGUCCCUCACACGCCGUGUGCCGCGGUGUCAGAUCUUCAACGAGCGCUGCCCUCUGCUCGAGACGGAGAAGAACGGAGCUGCCAAAGAAACCGGGAUGUGCUGUGUCUCCCUUCCUUCCGCAGCCCCUCCGUGGCCGCGGUUUAGGAAAGACGAUAUUCUGCUUCAGCCCACGGGAAUGGUGUCAUCGCGGCUGCCCCCGCACCGUGCCUCCACCUGAGAGCGUUGGUUACAGCCCCAUCCACUCCGUACUCUCCUCUAUCUCACAUUCUCCGCCUUUAGUACCCCCCCCCUCCCGAAUAAUAUUUCCCCAUCUCUGACACUAUCAAAAUGCAGACAACUCUCUGAAUCUCUAUAGCUUCUCUGAAUUUUGAAUUUUCGAACCAAACAAGUCCUCUGUCACGCUUUGUGCUAACCGGUUCCCAAAUCAGGGCCCGUCUGAUGUUUUGCACACAAGUUACUCAUGCUCCUUAUGCUAACCCCGCCCCCGAUAGCUCAGAGGAUUAUUUUAUCUGCUGCCCUACUGUACCGAAGUGGUUUUUUUUAACCCCCCCUUAAAAUUUCCAACCGCAUUUGUCUUCUUUUGGUUUCCGAGUUCAAACGCUUUAUAUUACGAAUUGGGAAAUAAAGCUUUUCUAU